UACGUUUAAAAUUGGCAGGUUGCUUGUUGACAAGUAACACAUAACCUCAAAAUAAACCAAAUAAAAUGUGUUUACCUUGAUUUCGAUGAAGAUUAUAACACAAUAGAAGUUUUAAUAAAGCGAAAAAGAAUAAAUAGAAAUGAGUCAAAUUCUAAACAAAAUUCGGAAUCUAGAUCCUCACGAUGUGGAUGCAGCAAAGGAAGCCUUGUCCUCGUUUUUCCCUAAUUUAGCAAAACACAAGGACGGCGACUGCGUGCGAUGGCUAAGAGCACUAGAAAACGUUAUAAACCGGUUCCCAAAACUCUGCGGUUCGCAACGAGCAAAUAUAGAAAAAUACAUAGUCCAUUUCAUGGACUCGAGCAAUUAUAACACUGUAAUAGAAGCUGCUAAAUGUGCUCAUGUGUUACAACAGGUGCGGCCAGGGCAAGAAAAGGCAGCUACACCUAAAGUGUGCUGGAGGGACCUCAUGAGUAAUCUCUGCAAUGCUGUGCACUCUCUUCUCUCCGAGAUAUUCCCUAAUGCAGCUAACAUUUUCAGAAGCAAUGGAGAGCAUGAGAACAAAAUAACAUCAGACUCAAUAUUGUUGUCUACUUUGAGCGAAGUAUCCGUAGUGUCAGGGCAGGACCGCAUACUGAACAGGGAACACAUACUGUGCACCCGCCUAAGGAACGUGUUUGUGUUCAUCCAAGCCAUGCUUGUAGAAAUAUACCCAGUGGGCAAGCCAGUGCGGCCACAGAUCAUUCUAGACGCCGUAAUACGCGCGUUGGGAGCGAGCGCGGACGCACAGAGUCUGGAGCUAGUGAGCACCGUUAAGAAACAGGCACUAAGAACGCUGGACGCUCUUGUAGCUUGUUUGGGAUCCAAUUUGAUACCAUUUUCGCCUCUAGUCUUCAAAUGUGUGAUGCAGACGCUGCAGUGGAGCUCAGAAAAUCUAAAUGAAGAAACCAGCGCUGUUCGCAUCACAGCGUACAACAGCCUCUCCGCCUGGCUGGGCCGCCUGCGCUGCCACCGCGCGCCGCCGCGCGCCCGCGCCUGGCACGACGCGCUGGUCGCGCACGUAGCCCGUGACGUCACUCCGCACACGCACACUGUGCAACUUACAAUGAACAAUCCACAACGCAACCUGUCAAAGAAGCAGAAGAAGAAGCAAGCGCGAGUCAUGUUACAACAGAGCUCCAUCGCGAACUACGCGCCCGGCGCCAACAAGACAACUACAUGUGCAGAGUCGAACGAGCAAACCACUAUAGCGGCGUUGGAAUGCACGGAAAUGUUUUUAACGGUGUGUGGAAUAUUCCUUAAACCGGCCACGCAUAAGUUGUUCCACGAGCUGCUAGUCCGCGAGUGCUUCCACCUGGCCGACCACAGCAGCUCCCGUGGCCUGGCUCUACUGCGGGCUCUAGAGGCUUCCAGAAAGAGCGCCCCACCAGGGGUCCCUCCACCGACACAGUACUGCCUUCAGCUGUACAGUACCUCCCUCAAUAGCCAGUGCAGAGAGAUCUCUAAAUUCUGCACUCAAGCCCUCCUAGACAUAAGGCUGCAUCUACACUGCUCGCCGCCGUCGCUCAGCUUCGCCGCCGACUCGCAGACUGCAAAGAACGACGUAGAAGAGAAGAGAAGGAUAUCCAGGAGGAACAGGGAGGCGUUGGAGUCACUGCUGGGAGCUGAUAAAAUACCAGCAGAAACCUGCGUCAUAGAAGACGUGCCGGAACCGGAAGAGCCCGCCAACAAGAAGCCCCGCAUCGACGACGACAAAAUCAGCCUCAGCAGCUCCUCCGAGCACUCCGUACAAAUCUGUGACUCAGACUCCGAAGACAUUGAAGAAGUACCCAUGAAAACCCAUGAACCCGCAGAAAGUAUAGUUGUACAUGCCGAUAUCCAUGAGAUAUCAACUGAAGACUUUGAUAAACCUGACAUGUCAACGGAGUAUGAAAACCUUAAGGUUAAUACUACAGAAGCAUGCAUUCAUGAAGCGACAACACAAAUGCCUAUCGAUACAGUAGACGGAGAUAGUCUGUCCGGGAAAUCAAAUGAAGUUGGAUAUGGUUACCCUAACACAGGGAAGUCGGUGACAGUGCUUGAGAAUUUAGAAGAUGAGAAUUUGCCUGAUACUAAUGACACAGAUGAUGUUCAUAUUACUUGUGGACAGGUUGCAGUAACGCCUGAAGUAGAUAAUGUUGAUAAGGAACCUAAGGUCAAUGGAGUUAAGUUGCCUGAGAAUUCGCCUGAGAAACGUGAAGUGGAAGGAAGUGUUACCGUUAAAAUGGCGGUGUCUAAUGAGGGGGUGUCUGUGGAAGAUAUGCUGGCUGACUUCGUUGACGAAGUAAAUGAUGAUAAUAUUACCCAAGCUUGAUUUUUUGUUAUUGCUAAGUAAUAGAAUUUCGUUUGAAAAUAUUCUAUGAUAUACUUAUCUACAUCUACGUUAUGGACCUUACUUUAUAAAGCUACUAUAAUUACAAGUUCACAGGUUUAAAGCGGUUUUGCUUGACCAAUAGCGAGACGUUUCGGUCAGUGUUGCCGCUUUAGACUUGUAAAGUUGUAAAUUGUAGUUCUAUGAUAUGUAUCUAUGGAAGCAGGCCUGUAUUUCUAAUAAAUAUUUGUAACUGGUAUCAAUAAGAUGAACUUGAAUCCGCCAUGUUUCUAAGCUUAUUAGCUUGUAAAGCUGAAUUAAUAAAGUGGUAUAUUAAAUUA